UUAAAAUAGAUGUCGGAUUUCCCCACAAACGGUGCAAUAGCUGAAGUCGGUCCGUGUACUGGAGACAAAAGUUCUGCACAACAAUGGCAAGAACAUUAGAAAAUCUUUUAGGAAGUCACGCGCUUAAAUUGAAUGAGGAUAAAGUGUCAGUCAGUUCGUUAUGUGGAAAGGAAAGUGUGAUUGGAAUUUAUUUUUCUGCAGAAUGGUGUCCCCCAUGUAAAGGAUUUACCCCCAAAUUAAUUGAUUUGUACAAUAAAGUUAAAAUUGAUCAGCGCCUUAAAUUUGAGAUUGUUUUUGUGAGUUGGGAUAAAGAUGAAAGUUCAUUUUUGGAAUACUUUAACUCAAUGCCAUGGCUGGCAUUACCUUUUGGAGUAGAAAGGAAGGCAAAAUUGUGCAAAAAAUAUCAUGUUCAAGGAAUCCCAAAGCUAGUACUUGUGGAUGGUGAAAAUGGACAAACAAUAACACGCGAUGGCUACUCUCACUUGAUGGAGGAUGAAAAAGGGUUAGAGUUUCCAUGGCGACAGGAGAAGUUUUUGGACAUAAUAAAAGGAAAGUUGAUCAAAGAAGGGAAGGACGUAGAUGCUGUUGAAGAACUGAAAGGAAAGACAGUUGGACUUUACUUUUCAGCUCAUUGGUGCCCACCCUGUCGCAGCUUCACCCCGGCGCUCAUUCGGACCUACGAAAAGCUGAAAUCGGAAGGCAAGAAGUUUGAGAUAGUGUUCAUAUCCUCUGACAGGUCUGAAGACUCCUUUACAAGCUAUGCAAACACAAUGCCAUGGGGGGCACUCCCAAUGGGAGAUGCACGGUCACAGAAGUUGAAGAAUCUCUAUGAAGUGGAAGGGAUACCCAUGCUGGUAAUGUUGGAUGAGGCUGGUACAGUGAUAACUCCUGAUGGCAGAUUAGCAGUGCAGGAGGAUGUUGACGCACUGGAGUAUCCAUGGUACCCCAAGCCUGUCAAUGAGCUCACAGAGGGAGCUGCCAUUACACUGAAUGAGUCUGCCUGUCUGGUGCUGUUUGUUGAGCCUGAAGAUGAGGAUGUUGACAAGGCCAGGGAGCUCCUCCUGCCGUCUGCUACUGAAGAGUACAGCAAGGGAGAGCAUCGUGAUUUAUUCUUCUUUAUUGGAGCAGAUGACGAUAUUUGUGACCCUGUACGCAAUUUUGCCGCUCUUCCGGAUAGCACUCCCCUGUUAACGAUACUGGAUUUCCCGGAGCAGAAAGUGUACAUCAGUAAGGAGAGAGAAAAUAUCACGUCUAACAUUGUGUCCCAAUUUGUUCAGGACUAUCUCAAUGGAAUAUUGCCCUCCCAGGCAAUAAGGCAUAGUUAAAAACUGUUAGCAUAGUUUGCACAACUAUCAGUUUCAUAGACUUUAAUCUGUCAUGGAAAAGGUUAAAUAAGUACUACAGUGUGUUGUAAACGCAUGGCAGCAAUUAAUUUAAUGGAGGAAUUUUGACAGAAAAGAUUGAUAAUUAUUUUAUGCAGGGUAUAUCUUUUACAUACCGGUACUAAUGUUUCAUCUUUGUCCGACUAAGGGCUAUAGUGUUCUCAUGUAGUAUUUUUUGUUAUGCAUCGUUACAUUUCUAGUUCUUAAAAGGCAUUUAACAUUUCUAGUUCUGACAAGGCAUUUAAUUCAAAUAUCAGCACAAUAGCUUGUAUUUGUUUUUAUGUGGAUUUUGUGUUUGUAUGUUUUAUUUCAUGUUUUAAAUUACAAGAACUGGAUUGUGUGUGUUGUGAAGAACAGUAUUUUAUUUUAAAAACAUGAAGCAUGUACUUGAAUUUGUAAUCUAUUAAUCAAGUUGUUUAUGUUAUUAACAUUGCGUACUUAAUUAUGAGCACAAAAUAUGAAAAGUUAUAAACACUUGUUACAAAUAGAAUUAACACUAUAUGUAGUAAAUGUAACGGGUUUAUACAGAUAUGUUAUAUCUGAGAAGUGAAAAAUAUAUCAAAAUAUUAUUUUAUUUCAUUGAUUGCAAUGUGAACUUUUGCAUUUUGGUCUGUUAGGUUUAUUUAACACAAUUAUGCUUCAAGUUAGUGGACUCUCCCAUCCUUCUAAAUUGGAUCAAUUUAUUUCCAAAAUUAGGGAUGUCUAGUAUAUUUAUUUCUAUAUUUAGACUAUUUCUUACAGGAAUUCCUUUAAGCAAACAGUGUAGACCCAGAUGAGACGCCGCAUCAUGCUGGGUCUCAUCUGGGUCUAAGCUGUUUGCCAAGGCCUUUUUAGCUCACCUGAGCACGUUGCUCAUGGUGAGCUUUUGUGAUCGCUUUUUGUCCGUCGUCCUUGUGCGUUGUGCGGCGUCAACAAUUGCCUUGUUAACUCUCUAGAGGCCACAUUUAUUUUCCAAUCUUCAUGAAAUUUGGUCAGAAGAUUGGUUUCAAUGAUAUCUUGGAUGAGUUAAAAAAUGGUUACAUUUGCUGGAAAAACAUGGCUGCCAAGGGGCGGGGCAUUUUUCCUUAUAUGGCUAUAUAUAUGGCUAUAGUAAAAUCUUGUUAACAGAGGCCACAUUUAUUGUCUGAUCUUCAUAAAACUUGGUCAGAAGAUUAAUCCCAAUAAUAUCUUGGACGAGUUCGCAAAUGAAGCCGGUUGGUUGAAAAACAUGGGGCAUUUUACCUUAUAUGGCUAUAGUAAAACCUUGUUAACACUCUAGAGGCCACAUUUAUUUUCCGAUCUUCAUGAAACUUGCUCAGAAGAUUUGUCCCACUGAUAUCUUGGAUGAGUUCAAAAAUGGUAACAUUUGCUUGAAAAACAUGGCCACCAAGGGGAAGGGCAUUUUUCCUUUUAUGGCUAUAGUAAAAUCUCGUUAACACUCUAGAGGCCACAUUUAUUGUCCAAUCUUCAUGAAACUGGGUCAGAAGAUUCAUCUUAAUAAUAUCUUGGACGAGUUCAAAAAUGAUGCCGGUUGGUUGAAAAACAUGGCCGCCAGGGGGCGGGGCAUUUUUCCUUAUAUUGCUUUAGUAAAAUCUUGUAAACACUCUAGAGGCCACAUUUAUUGUCCAAUCUUAAUGAAAUAUGGUCAGAAGAUUUGUCUUAAUGAUAUUUUGGAUGAGUUCGAAAAUGAUUAUGUUUGCUUGAAAAACAUUGCCGCCAAGGGGCGGGGCAUUUUUCCUUAUAUGGCUAUAAAAGGCUAAAGUAAAUUCUUGUUAACACUCUAGAGGCCAUAUUUACUGUCCGAUCUUCAUGAAACUUGGUCAGAAGAUUCAUACCAAUAAUAUCUUGGACAGUUCAAAAAUGAUGUCAGUUGGUUGAAAAACAUGGCUGCCAGGGGGCGGGGCAUUUUUCCUUAUAUGGCUAUAUAAGGUUAUAGUAAAAUCUUGUUAACACUCUAGAGGCCACAUUUACUGUCCGAUCUUCAUGAAACUUGGUCAGAAGAUUCAUACCAAUAAUAUCUUGGACAGUUCAAAAAUGAUGCCGGUUGGUUGAAAAACAUGGCUGCCAGGGAGCGGGGCAUUUUUCCUUAUAUGGCUAUAGUAAAACCUUGUUAACACUCUAGAGGCCACAUUUAUUUUCCGAUCUUCAUGAAACUUGGUCAGAAGAUUUGUCCCAAUAAUAUCUUGUUAUCUCAGGUGAGCGACUUUGGGCCUUUCAGGCCCUUAUGUUUCUAGACGCUAGGCAUAAAUGGGUUAAUUAAGAAGAAAGAUUAUCUGCAACAUUUUCUUUUAAGUCCAUUUUUUAACAACUUGUUUGAACAUGCUUUAUAUGAAGAUUUAGGACAUACCAGUCCUACAGUAAUUACAAAUUUGCACAUUCAAUUUGCAAUGACAAUGUUAAUGGUCAUCAUUUUGAUGAUGUCUUGUUGUUUGAAUGUGAUGAAAGUGCAAUCAAUUUCUUAAUCUGGUGCUUUUUUUGUCUUAUGCAUACUUUCUUACUGCCAUAAUCUCUUUUUGAGAAAUUGCAAUUGCUGGCAUCUGUUUUAAUGAUACCAUUGUAAUGUAAUACUGUUUGGAUAUCUGCAUUAAUUUCUCAAAAGAAAAAAAAAGAAAAAUAUAUUUUCAUUUGUAUUUACCAAAUUUUUAUAUCAAUUAACUGCAGGUUAUAACACACAUUAAUGUGUACCACAAGUGAACACAAAACAUUCAAUUUCAUUAAAAUGGCAUGCAUGUGUAUCUCACGAAGCUGCACAUUUUGAGUGGUGAAAGGUCAAGGUCAUCCUUCAAGGUCAAAGGUCAAAUUUAUGGCUUCAAAGUGGCGCAAUAGGGGGCAUUGUGUUUCUGACAAACACAUAUCUUGUUUAAUAUAUUUCAGAGAUUCUUACUUUUUUAUCAUUUUUUGAUUAAAAUGAUUAACUUAUUUUCAUGUGUUUGUUUGGAUUUGAUAUUCUUUUUAAUUUUGUAUUUUUAUGACAACUGUAAAUAUUAAAGCGUAGAUGUAUAUGUCUUAAAAACAUGUUAUGCAAUAACAGUCUUGUCGUUUUAUAAUGUUUCUUUAUUAGUGCUUCUAAAGUGAAUACAAAAUGUUCUAUAA